CUCGAGCGUGGACGUGGACAUACGUGAUCAAGUCGAGCUAAACUCUUUUGUUCUAUUACUCGGUCUCGGUUCUAAUAUGGGAGGUGCACAGUCGUCAACUGGCAUCCCAGAAGGAGGCACAGAGGGGUACCAUGUUUUAAAGGUACUUGACUCGUCCCCAGCCAGUAAAGCUGCUCUCGAUCCAUAUUUUGACUUCAUCGUGUGUAUAGAUGGGGUCAGGCUGAACCAGGAGAAUGACAUGUUAAAGCAGGUACUCCAGAAGUACAUAGACCAGCCGGUACAGCUGGUGGUGUACAGCUCAAAGACACGGACCACCAGAGAGUUGAGCCUGGUGCCUAGUAACGUGUGGGGAGGUCAGGGACUGUUGGGAGUGUCCAUUAGAUUCUGCUCAUUCGAAAAGGCCACAGAGAACAUCUGGCACGUGUUGGAGGUUCAUCCCAAUUCACCAGCUGCCCAAGCUGGGCUCAUUCCCCACACAGACUACAUCCUAGGGUCAGAGGUGAUGGCAGGGGACGAUGACUUAUACACUAUCAUCGAGAACAACGAUCACAAGCAGAUUAAGCUCUUUGUCUACAACGGUGACACAGACCUCUGCAGAGAGGUUCUACUGACACCCAACACUGAGUGGGGAGGAGAGGGUUCCCUCGGCUGUGGUAUUGGGUACGGCUACCUCCAUCGAAUCCCAGCCAAGAAGGAGACGCUGGGAGGGAAGGUUAGAGAUCCUGAGCUAGGAGGCCACACCGACCUCCCUGACGGGCCAAACACAGCCCCUACUGAGGGUUACUCUGAUGUUCCUCUGUCUGUGCCAAGCCAGCCAAGUACUCCUGGACAUUCUGAGGUUGCAACCACGGCAGCAAGCUCCAUAGCAACCAUUGAAGCCAGUGUCAACUCGAUGAGCAUCACACAACCAAUCACGAAUCUUCCAAGCUCUCUAACACCUGCUCCCGUUACUGUUGUCAGAAUUCCCAACCCCAACCAGCCCUCAUCUGAAGCUGUCGUUUCUCCUCAGCCUAUGCCUGCAUAUCAAGCGCCUCCUUCAAACGUUAUGCACCAAGCUUCUCCUCAACAGCAGGGUAUGCCCACACAAUACAUAGGAGCUCCACAACUUCAAGCUACAGCAGUACCAAUGGAACAACAACUUACCUCAGGAGUACCUACACAGCAGCAACAACUGUCAAUGCCGCAGUCUACCCAAGUGACUUCUUUGCCUGGAGCUCAAUACUCGCAACGACAGACACCUGUUCCUGCUACCUACUCCCAGCUUCCAAUCAAUACACAUAUGACGACAGGAGUGACCCCACAGGUGUUUACAAGUGCCACAGGUGCUGUGUCUGGAUUACCCGCAGCCCCGCCCACUUUCUCACUCCCUAGUGUGCCCCCUACGAUCAGUCUUGGACCGGCCCCUUCCUUAUCGCAGAGUGUCUCAGCAAACUGAUAUCUAUGUACUAGAUUCGUAUGAUAUCAAGUGAUUCUGUAAUCAUGCUCAUUUUCUACCUUGA